AUGUGCUACCACAACUACACUUCGCAUAACGGCUGCGGCCACCUGGGAGAGUCGCAUAAGCAGCCGUGGACACUUUGCCCUAAAGCGAUCGCGAGACUCAAUGAACAUCGCGGCGGUCCCAGCUCUCCGCCACUGUCUCCCCCAGCGACAGACGCCUUUGCAGCACCGCCAAAACGCUCCUCAUCCGUGCGCGGCUUCUUCUCGCUGUCGCGCUCCAACACAACUGCAUCGCGGCGCACAAUCUCGGGGUCGUCGAUAGGGACGGCACGUGAUUCGUCCUCCAGCAAUGGCUCCUACACCUAUGCGCCGAGCGUUGAGCUGAACUAUGCGAACUUGCCAGACCAUCAACUCGCGGCCGCGAAAUGCGCGCAGCCAAUCAAGCGCACGCAUGUUAGUCGUGAAAUGGAUGUCUGUAAGAUCUGCAAGCGCUGGAUCAGUGACAUGCGAUCCAUGAUUAUCCGCUACGACAAGACUGGUAGUAUCAGGGGAACUGUCGCCUUCGAUAAGUUCUUGAAACCCGAGGGAGACGGGCUAGGUGAGCAAGAGGAUGAUGUGACCAUUCCGCUCGAUGACCGUGAUGAUCAUGGACAUGUUCUGGGCGCCAGGCAAGCUAUCGUCAUGGGUCACCCAGCCGGGAUGCUAGAUGGAGAUGGAGGAUUGUUGGCGCUGGAGAAGGAGUUGAAUGCGCAGAAAGGUUUUUAUUGA